AUGAUCUUGGGGUGGUCAGAGCUAGUGAGAAAAGCAGGCAAGUACCUCACCUGCAUUUCUACUUUCUUUGAUCUCUUCCUGAUCCUCACAGCUGACUACCCAGACGAGCUAAAGUGCCUGGACGCUCCGGUGCUGACCCAGGCUGAGUGUAAAGCCUCCUACCCUGGAAAGAUUACCAACAGCAUGUUCUGUGUGGGCUUCCUUGAGGGAGGCAAGGAUUCCUGCCAGGGUGACUCUAGUGGCCCUGUGGUCUCCAAGGGAAAGCUCCAAGGAGUUGUCUCCUGGGGCUAUGGCUGUGCCCUGAACAACAGGCCUGGAGUCUACACCAAGGUCUACAACUAUGUGGACUGGAUUAAGGACACCAUCGCUGCCAACAGCUAAAGCCCCCGGUCCCUCUGCAGUCUCUAUACCAAUAAAGUGGC